AGCAAAGUUCAUAGGUUGAAACCUCGGUAAUCGAGCAAUGGGAAUCUCCAAGCUGUAUGGACAAUAACAAACUCACAUCAUUUCUUCUUUAUACUAAAAGAAAAACAGAACAAAGAGAAAACACCAAAGAGCCCACUCCAAUGUUCUUAUCUAAAUUAUAUCAUUUUUCCGUUUGAUCUAAAAUGUCAAAUAACAGUUGUCAUUAUCCCAUCCGGCUCACUCAAAAUCAAUUAAUUUUAUAUAAACUCUAGCGCUGCUGUCUUUUCAGAUUGAUCUAUCGAAGCGAUCUAUUGAGAGAGAGAGAGAGAGACAGGUUUUCGAGUUUAGAUGGCGAUCCUGUACGCGCUCGUUGCGCGUGGAUCGGUGGUUCUGGCGGAGUUCACGGCGGCGUCGACAAACGCGAGCUCGAUCGCCAAGCAGAUUCUGGAGAAAAUUCCAGGAGACAACGACACGCACGUUUCGUAUUCGCAGGAUCGGUUCAUUUUCCAUGUCAAACGCACCGAUGGACUCACCGUUCUUUGUAUGGCCGAUGAAAGUGCUGGAAGGAGAAUUCCAUUUGCAUUUCUUGAAGACAUACACCAGAGAUUUGUGAGGACAUAUGGAAGAGCAGUAUUUUCAGCCCUUCCUUACGGCAUGAAUGAUGAAUUUUCAAGGGUUUUGAGCCAGCAGAUGGAAUAUUACUCUAGUGACCCUAAUGCCGAUAGGAUAAAUCGUCUAAAAGGUGAAAUGAGCCAGGUGAGAAACGUUAUGAUAGAGAAUAUCGACAAAGUUUUAGAGAGAGGCGACCGCUUGGAAUUGUUGGUCGACAAAACUGCUAGCAUGCAAGGAAAUACCUUUCGCUUCAGAAAGCAAACUCGCCGUUUUAGAAACACAGUAUGGUGGAGAAACGUCAAGCUUACGGUUACUCUGAUAAUCCUCCUCCUAAUUAUCAUUUAUGUCGUGCUGGCUUUCGUCUGUUACGGGAUCACGCUACCUUCGUGCCUAAAAUGAGGUCAGCAAUUUGAGAUUCGAAGAACUCCGUCACCAUGGAAUCCUGUUUUCUUGGCUUGGUGAUGCUUUUGUUUCGACUUCCCCUGCAGUGAGUUGUAUACUACCUGUUUAUUCAAUGUGAAAGAACUAGAGUUUUCAUGCUGCUGUCUGUGUGACCAUAGUUUCUUGUGAAAUUUAGGACUGGUUGGUGUUUGUCUCUUGAAGACAUUAUACCUGUCGAGUUAUUCAUCGGAUAUAUCGAUUAUGAACAUAGCACGACACGGUUCAAGUUAUUUGCAAACAAUG